AUGGCAUUGAGCGCACGAUCAGCUUCCCGAGCUCUACGGGCCGCCAAGGCGCGUCCUUUUAUUUCUGUGCAAGCAUGCAGCUACUCUUCCUCCUCUGAGCCGGAUCUCAAGGAGACGUUCAAGAAGGUUCUGCCCGCAAAGCGCGAACUCCUCAAGAAGGUCAAGGCACAUGCCGACAAGAAGCUCGGCGAUGUCAAGGUUGAGAAUGCGCUCGGUGGCAUGAGGGGUCUUAAGGCCAUGGUUUGGGAAGGCUCAGUUCUUGAUGCGAACGAGGGCAUUCGAUUCCACGGCAAGACCAUCAAAGACUGCCAAAAGGAGCUGCCCAAGGGCACUUCCGGCACUGAGAUGCUUCCUGAGGCCAUGUUCUGGCUGCUCCUCACAGGCGAAGUACCAUCAGUAUCACAAACUCGCGCACUCUCGCGGGAGCUCGCGGAGAAGGGCCAGAUUCCUAAAUUUGUCGAGAAGAUGCUGGAUGACUUCCCCAAAGAUCUCCACCCGAUGACACAGUUCGCAUGCGCCGUCUCAGCAUUGAACUACGAGUCCAAGUUCGCGAAAGCCUACGAGAAGGGCAUUAACAAAGCCGACUACUGGGAGCCUACUUUCGACGAUUGCAUCAGUCUACUCGCCAAACUACCUACCAUCGCCGCGAAGAUCUACCAGAACGCAUACUGUGGCGGAGGCGCUCUCCCGAACGAGAUUGACCUGAACCAAGAUUGGUCGUACAAUUUUGCUGCUAUGUUGGGCAAGCCAGGCAAGGAGAACGAGGGCUUCCAAGACCUUCUCCGGUUGUACCUUGCUCUGCACGGUGACCACGAGGGUGGUAACGUCUCCGCACACGCAACACACUUGGUCGGAUCUGCGCUCAGCGAUCCUUUCCUGAGCUACAGUGCUGGGCUUCAAGGACUCGCAGGACCCUUGCACGGUUUGGCUGCGCAAGAGGUGCUGCGUUUCAUCCUUGACAUGCAGAAGGUCGUUGGUGAGAAGUUCACCGAGAAGGAUGUAAAUGAGUUCCUCUGGAGCGUCCUCAAGUCUGGACGUGUUAUCCCUGGUUACGGACACGCAGUGCUCAGGAAGCCCGACCCGCGAUUCGAAGCUCUGAUGGACUUUGCCAACGCACGACCCGAGAUUGCGGCAGACCCAGUUUACCAGCUGGUCAAGAAGAACUCUGAGGUUGCGCCGGAUGUCCUCAAGGAGCAUGGGAAGACCAAGAACCCCUUCCCGAACGUCGACUCGUCGUCUGGUGUUCUCUUCCACCACUUCGGCUUCAAGGAGACGCUCUACUACACAGCGACCUUCGGUGUCAGUCGUGGUCUGGGCCCGCUUGCACAGCUGAUCUGGGACAGGGCACUGGGUCUGCCUAUCGAGCGCCCCAAGUCGAUCAACCUGCAGGGUAUACUGGACCAGGUCGGCGCAUAA